UUAUCUUGGACUUCAGAUAAUUACACUGUCAGAUUUGGAAUGCGACUACAUUAAUGCUAGAUCGUGCUGCUCAAAACUCAAUAAAUGGGUGGUCCCCGAGGUGAUUGGCCAUGCUGUUGUAACUGUAUUAAUGCUUAUUUCAUUGCACUGGUUCAUCUUUCUCCUUAAUUUGCCAGUAGCAACAUGGAAUAUAUAUAGGUACAUUAUGGUGCCAAGUGGAAACAUGGGGGUAUUUGAUCCCACAGAGAUCCAUAACCGAGGACAACUGAAAUCACACAUGAAGGAAGCCAUGAUUAAACUAGGCUUUCAUCUGCUCUGUUUCUUCAUGUACCUUUACAGUAUGAUUCUGGCUUUGAUAAAUGAUUGAGAAGUUGAAAAAGAACCAUUAGCUGCCAAGCUGGGUCAUCACUCCAGUGACUGGUUGUGGAGCCACAGACACCUUCUAAACAUACCUAGAGCAGUGUCGUCAUGCAGUAUAUUUUUCCUCUUUGAACAAGAAAUAUUUUUCUGUAUUUUUAACAUAAAAUAUUUUCAAAAGACA